AUGGACCAGAAGGGGAUCCAGUUACUGUCAGUCAUCCUCAUUUUAGGGCUCAGUGCACUGACUGAAGGAGCAGAACCCCCAGCUCCAUGCCAAUGUACUGUGGCUCCAAAAAACAGAGUGAACUGCGGGCCUCCAGGAAUCACUGCCAAGCAAUGCGAGGACGCAGGAUGCUGUUUCAAUUCAGAAGUUCCUGGCGUCCCCUGGUGCUUCAUUCGUCUCGCAAGGAAAUAUAAAAAGGUCUGUCCAGCAGAGGUAAAACUCAGAAAGAACUGUGGUUACCCCGGCAUCCCUGCUACAGUAUGUAAGGCGAGAGGAUGUUGUUUUGAGUCAAGACCCCCUGCUGUCGCCUGGUGCUUUUAUCCUCUUCUGGUAGAAGAAGAGUUCAAGCUGAUGGGUUUAAACAUUAAUGUGAAAAAGGAGCUGGUACAAUGUGCGCAGCAGCCAUCUGCCAGAGUGAACUGUGGAUAUCCGUACAUCAGUGCUGAGGCAUGCAACAACAGAGGGUGCUGUUUUGAUAACUCUAUUGUUGGUGUCAUCUGGUGCUUCUUUCCUAGGACAGAAGAAGAAUGUGGCAUCUAG